CAAUUAUCCAUCCAUAUUCCGCCAAGACAAACACACACACACACAUACAUAUAUAUCUAUAUAUAUAUCAUACCCGAGGAUAUCCUCCAAAUAUUCCUCAUUACCAUCUCAAACUAGGAAUCGUAAAUACUAUUUAAAUCAUACUUAAUUAUGUCUAAUCUGUGCACAUCUAUCUAUCUAUCUAUCUAUCUCCAUGCAAACUAACUAACUUCAAAAAAAAAUAAAUUAAAAAUGACUGGCAAUAACGAUGAUGAAAAGAAUCAGGAUGAAAAAAGGGAUGAUCCCCUGCCAUUUUACAGGCUGUUGAGCCAGUCUGACUACUUGGAUUGGCUUCUCAUUGCUCUCGGUACCUUGGGUUCCAUUGUCCAUGGCCUUGCCCAGCCCAUUGGCUAUUUUCUACUCGGCAAAGCACUCGAUGCAUACGGCACCAACAUUGGGAAUCUCAAUGACAUGGUUCAUGCUCUUAAACAUGUUGUGCCAUACGUGUGGUACAUGGCUUUCGCUACAUUUCCUGCUGGCAUACUGGAGAUAGGAUGCUGGACAUACUCAAGUGAAAGACAGGUGCGACGCUUAAGGCUGGCAUUUCUAAAAGCAGUGCUUAGUCAAGAGGUUGGAGCAUUUGAUACAGAUCUAACUAGUGGGAAGAUAAUCAGUGGUAUCAGCACCCACAUGUCUGUUAUUCAAGAUGCAAUUGGGGAGAAGCUGGGCCAUUUCAUAUCUUGCUUUGGCACUUUCUUUUCGGGUGUACUCAUUGCUCUCAUCGCCUGCUGGGAAGUGUCGCUUCUAGCGCUAUUCGUCGUCCCCAUGAUUCUUAUCAUUGGAGCCACCUACACCAAGAAAAUGAAUGCAAUUUCAGCAGCAAGGAUGUCCUUCCUAUCAGAGGCUACUGCAAUGGUAGAACAGUCAAUUUCCCACAUCAAAACUGUGUUUGCAUUUGUUGGAGAGAAUUCAGCAACCAAAUCCUUCUCAGAAUGCUUACAAAGGCAAGUCCACAUAAGCAAGAGUGAAGCACUGGUGAAGGGCAUUGGUACAGGCAUGUUCCAAACAGUGACAUUCUGUUCAUGGGCUCUGAUCGUGUGGGUGGGAGCCAUCGUGGUUGCAGCCGGGAGAGCAGGGGGAGGAGAUGUCAUUGCCGCAGUAAUGAGCAUCCUCUUUGGAGCUAUAUCACUCACGUAUGCUGCACCGGACAUGCAAAUCUUCAACCAGGCAAAAGCUGCAGGAAAAGAAGUUUUCCAAGUGAUUGAAAGAAAGCCAGCCAUAUAUAUCAAUCCAGAUGGGAAGACUCUGGAGCAGAUUCAUGGGAAUAUAGACAUAUACGACGUACACUUUGCUUAUCCAUCCAGGAAGGAAACCUUAAUUCUUCAAGGUUUCUCCCUGUCAAUCCCGGCAGGCAAAAUGGUAGCCCUUGUUGGAAGCAGUGGAUGUGGGAAGAGCACCAUUAUGUCGUUAAUAACACGAUUCUAUGAUCCUUUAAGAGGUGAGAUCUUGAUAGACAGCCACAAUAUCAAGGAGCUUGAUUUGAAGUGCCUCAGGCAAAACAUAGGACUGGUUUCACAAGAACCGACGCUGUUUUUUGGAAACAUUAAAGACAAUAUCAAGGCAGGAAACUGUGACGCAGAGGACAAUCAGAUCCUGAAAGCAGCUGACAUGGCUAAUGCACACUCUUUCAUCUCACAAUUUCCAAACCAAUACUUGACUGAGGUUGGACAAAGAGGAGUUCAACUAUCAGGUGGACAGAAACAAAGAAUUGCAAUAGCGCGGGCCAUCUUAAAGAACCCUCCAAUGCUUCUACUGGAUGAAGCCACAAGUGCCCUUGAUACAGAAUCUGAAAAGCUAGUUCAAGCAGCCCUUGAGAUAGCAAUGCGAGGACGAACUGUUAUUGUGAUAGCACACAGAUUAUCCACCAUUGUGCAUGCAGACACAAUCGCCGUCGUAGAAAAUGGAAUGGUAUCCGAAACUGGAACCCACCAAGACUUGCUCUCCAACAAUACAUUUUACCGUAACUUAUUUGAACUGCAAAACAUCAGCCAAGAAAGCGAUAUGAGAGUAGAGGAUUCAAUGGAAGAAGCAGCAAGUAUACAUACAGGAAUAUCGUCGCAGCUUCUUGACCAAGCUGAUGAAUUCAGCAUACCAAGCAAGACUCCCCAAAACUCUCUCAAGAAAGAUGAAAUGAAGGAAGAUACAGAGAAAUCGAUGUUCUUAAGAAUUUGGUUUGGAUUGACGAAGAGGGAGUUUGCAAAGGUUGCAAUAGGCUCCUCUGGUGCUGCUUGUUCAGGCGUUUCUAAGCCUGUUUUUGGGUUCUUCAUCAUCACAAUAGGCGUCGCCUACUACAGAAGCCAUCCAAAGCACCAAGUAGGGAAGUACUCAAUUAUGUUCUCAUUGAUAGGAUUUAUGGCAUUCUUUGCUCACACAUUGCAGCAUUAUUUUUUCGGCGUGGUUGGGGAGAAGGCCAUGUCUAAUCUCAGGCAAGCUCUAUAUUCAGCUAUACUGCGAAAUGAAUUGGCUUGGUUCGAGAAGCCUGAAAACAGUGUUGGAUCAAUAACAUCAAGGGUUAUCAAUGAAACAGCAACCAUCAAGACCAUUAUAUCCGACCGUAUGUCUGUCAUAGUUCAAUGCAUCUCGUCCAUAGUGAUUGCAACAGCAGUGAGCAUCAGAGUUUGCUGGAGAAUGGGGCUGGUCUCUUGGGCUGUGAUGCCAUGCCACUUCAUCGGCGGUCUAAUCCAGGCCAAGUCAGCACAAGGAUUUUCAAGCGGCAGUAGUGCUGCCUAUGCAGAACUGGUUGCCCUUGCUUCAGAGUCAGUCUCAAACAUCAAGACAAUUGCCUCUUUCUGCCAGGAAGAGCAAGUAAUGGAGAAAGCAAAGGCUACAUUGAAGAAGCCAUUGAUGAAUAGCAGGAUCCAGAGUAUCAAAUAUGGGUUAAUUCAAGGCGUGUCCCUUUGCUUAUGGAACAUCGCCCACGCAGUUGCUUUAUGGUACACAACCAUCCUUGUUGAGAGAAAACAGGCUUCCUUUGAGGAUGCCAUCAGAUCUUACCAGAUAUUCUCCCUCACAGUACCAUCAAUCACUGAACUCUGGACACUGAUACCAACGGUUUUUGCUGCCAUCAGCAUACUAACACCAUCCUUCCAAACCCUUGACAGAGACACUGAAAUUGAUCCAGACACGCCAAAAGAAUCAUCGGAUAAAAGCAUUCAAGGAGACAUUCAAUUCAAAGAUGUGCAUUUCUCUUACCCCACAAGAGCAGAAGCAACUGUUCUGGACAACUUCAACUUGAAAAUUGAAGCUGGAUCAAAAGUUGCUCUUGUUGGACCAAGUGGAGCUGGGAAGUCCUCUGUCUUAGCACUUCUUCUCAGGUUUUAUGAUAUCAAAGAAGGUAGAGUACUGAUAGAUGGGAAGGACUUACAAAAAUACAAUCUUAAAAGGCUCAGAGCACAAAUAGGCUUGGUACAGCAGGAGCCUCUUCUAUUCAGCUGCUCAAUUAGAGACAAUAUAUGUUAUGGGAACGAGGGAGCUUCUGAGACCGAGAUCAUACAGGCAGCAAUGGAUUCAAACAUACAUGAAGUAAUCAGCAAUCUACCAAGAGGAUACGACACGUCAGUAGGGGAAAAGGGAUGCCAGCUUUCAGGUGGACAGAAGCAGAGAAUAGCCAUUGCCAGGGUUCUAUUGAAAAAGCCAACAAUAAUCCUUUUCGAUGAGGCUACAAGUGCGCUGGACGCCGAAUCUGAAAGAGCUGUGAUCCAUGCUCUGGAAUCACUGACACUGAGAACAACUCAUCUCACUGUGGCACACAGGUUAUCUACUGUAAUAAACUCAGAUACUAUAGUGGUUAUGGACAAGGGCAGGGUUGUGGAAAUGGGCACCCAUGCAACCCUGAUAGCAGCUGAUGGAGUUUACACUAGACUUUCCAGGCUUCAAAGUAUAGCAGAAAAAUGAAGCACCAAAUAAACAAAGAAAAUCCCAGCUGUUGUAUGAAAAGGAUAACUCAAUCCAAUCUGUCUCAACAACUAUCAGUUGUUUAAUUAAAUUAUAUUACAUGAACGACAUUAAUUUUGGAUCAAGAAUAAGAUGUGGUUCCUCUCAACAGUACCACCUACCAAUCUCCGAAGUAGUUGUAACCCCAAAUUCUUUAUGCCAUCAUCAUCCUAUCUUGGAUGACAUAUGUAAAUGCUGGCCUUACCAUUUUCAUGGCCAAUUGCUUUUU